AUGGAGGGGAAUCGUUCCGGUACCGGUACCGGCAAAAGAUCGUCGCCGAAAGACGAGUUCGCUGAUUUGGUGCUUUCGUGGUCUCUUCAAGAUAUCUUUAAUGAUAAUCUGUACAAAUACCAGGUGGAUAAGAUUCCCAAGUCAUUUGAGUCUGUGGAUCAGUAUCUUGGCUCUUAUAUCUUCCCCUUAUUAGAAGAAACACGUGCCGAACUUGCUUCCGCAAUGGAAACCAUACACGAAGCACCUUUUGCUGAGGUGGCAUCUUUCAGUGAGCUAAUAAAUGAAGAAUCCGUGUACGAUGUUAAGGUUGAUCAAUGGAGAAACGUAGUCGGUGAUUACUUUGGGCACAAAAUCUUGCCUGGUGAUGUUGUUCUUCUUUCGGAUUCAAAACCCGAAACUAUUUCCCGCCCACUACAAAGUGGCGGGACGUAUGUUUUUGCAUUUGUACGAAAUAUAAAGGAUGGCGAGAGAGAAGUUGACAGCUGUACAUCCUCCAAUUUCAAACUCAAAACAGCUAAGAACGUUGAAGUUGGAAAUGGCCGUUCGAGAAAGUCACUGUAUGUGGUUUACUUGAUGAGCAUUAUUCCGCACAAAAGAAUAUGGAACGCGUUAAGAACGCGUCACAAUUUGAACAUUAUUCAGAAAUCAUUAACCGCGAAUCACUUGGAAGUGGAAACUUGUGAGUUUUGCCCUCUCAAAUACAACAACGAGACGGAGGAGAAACUUGGGUCUGCUUUAUCGUCCAAGUUAAACGAAUCGCAGCUCGAGGCAAUUACGGCCUGUCUAUCCAAAAUCGAGUGCAAUCACAAGUCGUCCGUUGAACUCAUAUGGGGCCCACCCGGGACUGGAAAAACGGCAACGUUGAGCAGUUUGUUAUACGUCCUCUUAAAAAUGAAUGUGAGGACACUCAUUUGUGCCCCGACAAAUAUUGCAAUUAAAGAACUCGCCUCUCGUGUGAUAGCACUCGUGAGAUCAAAUUCAUCCGAGAAGAACCAUUGUUUGUCUUGUCCUUUAGGGGAGAUGCUCAUGUUUGGUAACAAGGAUCGUCUUAAAGUUGGCUCGGAUACCGAGGAAAUCUACUUGGAUUAUCGUGUCGACAAGCUUGUACAUUGCUUAUUAUCAAGAACUGGUUGGAAGAACUGUUUCGCAUCCAUGCGCGAUUUCCUCGAAGAUUGCGUUCCCCAGCAUCGAAUCUUUGUGGAGGACAACGAGCUAAUCGAAGCAAAAAAGAGUCUCGAGAAUGAAGAAGCUAAUAAUAAUAAGCGCUUAACCGAGUCGAAAUCACUUUUGGAGUUUGCUAGAGACCGAUUCGCGCAUUUAGCAACGCCAGUGAGAGAUUGCAUGUCGACACUAAUCACUCAUUUACCAACAAGGUUCAUUCACGAGCAGAUAUUUCGAAGCAUGAUACAACUUACGUCUCUUCUCGAUUCGAUCGAGACGUUGUUGUUUGAAGACAAGAGCUUGACAUCCGAAGAACUCGAGAGAAUCUUUUCAAUACACGAGGGAACUAAUAUUUGUGUCGAUACAUCGUCCUUAAUAUAUAUGAGAAGCAAAUGUCGGAAUAUUCUGACAUCACUUCAGGCCUCCCUAGAUAAACUGCACCUUCCGAGCGUCACUAACGCAACCUCUACCGAAGACUUCUGUUUCGAAAACGCUACUUUAAUAUUUUGCACGACUUCAUCGGCAUAUAAGCUGCACACAAUCGAUACGAAGCCGUUUAAAAUGUUGGUGAUUGAUGAAGCUGCUCAAGUAAAGGAGUGUGAAUCGAUUAUAGCCCUUCAGAUCCCGAACGUCACGCAUGCGGUUCUGGUCGGCGACGAAUGCCAAUUACCAGCCACAGUUAAGAGCAAGAUAUCGGAAGAAGCUGGAUUUGGGAGAAGUAUGUUUGAAAGAUUGAGCUCGUUGGGUCACUCUAAGCAUCUGCUCGAUGUGCAAUACCGAAUGCAUCCAUCGAUAAGUCGGUUUCCGAAUUCGAAUUUCUAUCACAAUAAGAUAUUAGAUGCGCCAAUUGUGCGGAGCAGAAGCUAUGAAACAUGCUAUAUUCAAGGGAGGAUGUUUGGUCCUUAUUCGUUUAUAGAUAUUCCUGGGAACAACGAAGAAUUUGAUGAUUUCGGGCAUAGUAGAAGAAACAUGGUUGAGGUGGCAGUCGGAAUGAUGCUACUGAAGAAACUCUACAAAGCAUGGAGUGGCGCAAAAGAGAAACUGAGCAUUGGUUUGAUUUCCCCGUACGCCGCACAAGUUGCAGCGAUUCGAGAUAAGCUACCACAGAAUUACGAGAGCCUUGAGAAUUUUACGGUCAAGGUGAAGUCAAUCGACGGCUUUCAAGGCGGGGAAGAAGAUAUAAUAAUUAUAUCAACUGUAAGGUCUCGUGGUUCCGUUGAUUUCUUGUCCAGUCCUCAAAGAACCAAUGUAGCUUUGACAAGAGCUCGUCAUUGUCUCUGGAUACUAGGAAAUGAAAGAACUUUGAGUAAAAGUGAUUCAGUUUGGAAAGAACUAAUAUCCGAUGCUAAGCAACGCGGUUGUUUCUUCACUGCCGAUGAAGAUUGUGACGUUCAAAAAGCUAUUAUAGACGUCAUGAAAGACUUGCAUCAACUCGACGACCUUCUCAAUGGCGAGAGUAUACUUUUCAAAAAUUCAAGAUGGAAGGUUGUAUUCAGUGAAGACUUCCGAAAGUCGUUUCAGAAAUUGAAAUCCGAGAAUGACAAGGACAAGAAGCUGGUCAUAACUGUACUACUUAAGCUUGCAAGUGGUUGGAGGCCGAAGAAUAUAAACGUGGAGUAUAAAUGCGAGAGCUCUUCGUACAUCGUGAAGCAAAUCAAAGUUGCGAGAUACUAUGUUGUCUGCUCCACCGACUUAGUCAAGGAUCCCGUUGACUUAACUGAGAACCCUGUUUACGUACAAAUUUUAAAAGUGUGGGAUGUACUGCCUAUGACGGAUACUGCGAAACUGUUGAAACGACUCGACGGCAUAUUUGCAAUGUAUACGGAUGAUUUUAUCAACCGCUGCAAUGACAAGUUGUACGAGGGGUAUGUCAUUUCGGUUGUACAGUUAAACCUCUAUGAAUUAAUACAGUCGGGACUGGGGAAAUUCUAUUAA